UCGGAGCUCGUGUCGCGCCGCCGCCUCGGCCAGACCAAGCUGACGCCCAAGAUGGUCGGCAACGAAGAGGCCGAGGCCGACGCCCUGGGCUUCUUCGACUACGCACACCUGCGCGCGCCGCUGCCCAAGGGCAUCGUGUCCGGCAUCUUCAAGUCCAGCCCCAACAGCUACUUCCUGAUGCGCCGCAGCUUUGACGGCUACAUCUCCGCGACGGGCAUGUUCAAGGCCACCUUUCCCUACGCCUCGGCCGCUGAGGAGGAGGCCGAGCGCAGGUUCAUCAAGGCCCAGCCCACCACGAGCCCCGAGGAGACGGCCGGCAACAUCUGGAUUCCCCCGGAAGCGGCCCUCGCCCUGGCGGAGGAGUACAACAUCAGCAUCUGGAUCCAGGCCCUGCUCGACCCCUCCAAGAUCUCCACCACCCAGCCCGCGGAUGCGUCGCCCAAGCACAUCACCGCGCCGCCCAAGUUCGAUCGCCUCAAGGCCGGCCCGCAGCUGUCGCCUUCGGCCACUACGACCACCCGCAGCGGCCGCAGCCACCGCUCGGCCAGCCCUACCAAGAGCGCCACGAGGCGCGCCCCUGCGUCACCUCGAAAGCGCACCACCAGAUCCAAGGCUGAGGCUGUGGAGACGACACCGAGUGUCGAUGCGGAAAGUGCCAGCGAGAGCAAGGGAGAGACGGCAGAGGGCGUUUUCACGUCGACAGAAUUCGAGCCCGCCAUUACUCUGGAGAGCAGGGACAAGGCCGACGGUUCCAGCAAGGCAGACGUGCCAGCUCACAUUCCUUUCACGGCGGGCCAGCCGCCCUCCGCCGAGGAGAUUGCUGAGAUGAUGGACGCCGCCAAGUCCAUGGUGCAGAAGGACAAGGAGGCGGCGGAGAAGGCCGACGAGGAUGCCGAGGUCGAGACUACCCAGGACAAGACUCUUGCGAAGAGCAAACGGAAGGCCGCCGACGAGGACGAGGAAGCUGCCGAGGGAGACGACAAGACCGGCGAUGCGCCGCGCUCAAAAAAGGUAAAGACGGAGGUGGAAGUGCGCAAGGGCAGGAUACAGAAGAGGGCUCUGUUUGGCAUUGGCGCCACAGUCGCCGUUGGAGCACUUGUGCCGUGGCUCGCAAACUUGCUAUAA